UCAGUCUCCUGCUUUAUCUUUCUGACGCCUGAAGAAGAAUAUUGAUUCUCUAGUUAGUGUCUCAAGGAAUGUGUCAACGGUGACUUUGUUUUCUAACCUCCAAAGAUGGACAUUUCUAGAUGGUCAUUUGAAACACAGUUGUAAAAUAAGCAGUUAUCAGCGUAUUCCCAAAGAGAGAAGUUCGUGGGGUCGUUCGGAACAGAAAAAAUGGCAGGUGCUUCGAAGUUCUGAGAACAUCUACAAAAAUCUUGGUCACAAUGACGCAAGAGGCUCGGAGCCAGCAACUGAUGCGUUGGGAUGUCACCGUUGGAGACUAAAUCAUCCACUUCUUUGGUGAUUACCAGACCAUAAAAAGUACCGUCCCCAUAUGUUGCAGUAUCAUCGACGACCUAGAUUCGUACAUCAUGGCAGAAGAAGAAGGCGAAUAAGCUCCCAAGUCCCACGCGAUGCUGACAGAAGAGGAGAGCGAAUCGUCCUCUUGGGAGGUGAGGGCGGAGCAACUCUUCAACCUCUGUGACAGAGAAAGCAAAGGCUUCAUUACUAAGAGAGAUUUGCAGCGUCUCUGGGGUGAGCUGCCAUUAGGCCCAGACGAACUAGAGGGCGUGUUCGAUUCCCUCGAUCAAGACCACAACGGAUUUCUUACGCUCCAGGAAUUCACCGACGGCUUUGGUCAUCACUUGGGUCUAGUUGUGGAGUUCAGGGCGGACUGCGAUUCCUCGAAAGAUUCUGAGGAGGAGGGGGGAGAGGGAGGCGACGAGAAGCACAAAAAUGGCGGGACAGAAUCGGGCAACAUUUCCUCUCAACAGAUAGACGAGAUACUGAACUGCUUCGCCAAACAUGACUUCAAUGUCAGCCCUUCAUUGGUGGAGUCUGUGUGGCGAGACGUCUGUCAGAGCGACGCAGCAGCCGAAGACCCUAGCCUGGGACGCCUUGUGACCGCCCUCCUGCAGGAGCUAUCGAGGGCUAAGACAGAGCAGACACAGCUGGAAGCCGCCCUCAACUCCAAAACGGAACAGUACAACCUACAGGUGGCACGACUGUACGAGGAGCUCGAGUCUCAGAUUAGUGGCGAAAGGAACAAAGUCGAAGCUGAACGCAAUGAAAAAGGAGCCCGGGCCUUGGCAUCCUUGGAGCAAGAGAUGAGGGACCGCGAAAACGCCUUCCGGGUCCUGCAGGAGGACAACGCUGCAUUACUGAAGAAGGUGGAAACUCUCACGUCGUUGGUCACAGCCGGAAAGCAGGAUAAUACCCGUCUGAUGCAGCACUUGAGCAAACUCGAGGAAGAGUAUUCCCUGAAGGAGAAAGAGGCCGAAGAGCUAGCGUCCACCCUUGACCAUCUGAGGAAGAGCAUCAAGGACGAGAAACGUCGGAGGGCGCAGCAGGCGCUGAAGGUCAGCGAAGGCAUCGCUCUGGAAAGGGAAAGUUUGGUGACUCAACUUGACCUCCUCAGGACCAUAAACACUGAGCUCAGAGAUGAACAUGACCAGUCUGGGUCGGCCACAACAAAUGAACAAAACAAUUCGAAGUCCCUCCACCAGGAGCAGCUUACAGCCAGCGCUCCAAUCCUCUCCAAAAGGAAUACAGUAACCUUUGAAUCCACGGCUGACAUUGUAACGGAGAAACCAUGCCCUCCGAAGACACUUCCGUUGCCUGUUUACGAUGGAACAGAAAGAACACUCCCGGACGAACCUCAGUCUCCGACUGACUUCGAGCACGAUGAAACCUAUUUUGAGAAUUCACCCGUGGCCACAAAGGACAGCCAUAUGUUCCCUUUGCUGACACCUCCUCCUACAGAACCUAGCAUCCUGCAGGAACUGUUGCAACAUCCUUGCCUGUGCAUGUCCUCAGAAAAGAACCACUGUGAUUCUUCAGAGAGUGGCCACAACGCAGAACCAAGAGUGCCACUUCGAAGGACAGACUCCAUCACACAAACUUCUCCGACGCUUUCCCUCACGAAAGAGCAGCAGUUUGAUGGAUUCUCCCGCAAAGCAAGCAUGGAUGCCUCCUCUCCUGACAUGAUCAUGCAAGCGGAAGAAUCAGAUGAGAGUAACUUGCAACAACAAGACUAUUCCUCGACAGAACACAAUGACCAACUUACGGACGAACGUAACCAUCAACCACCAAAGGAAGAUUCUAGCAUUCCUACGAAGGAAAACAGGGAAGACCCUUCAAAGGGCAACAACGAGGAUCCUGGGGAUCAUCCAAGAGAGGUCAACAACGAUCAUUUGACAAAAGGACAAAAUGACAAGCCCAAGAGCUGCCUCAAAAAACAAAAGACACCCGACAUCAUGAGGGUUUGCAACUGCCAGAGAGAACCGCCUCCGCACUCGUCCAACUUCCUCCAUUCUACUACCAUAAUUCAUCAUCCAGAAUUGUCAGUUCUGCAACCUGAUCUGCUUCCUCAAACAUCCUACAUCAAUCAAGCGUUUGUCUUUUCGCAACAUACCUAUCAUUCGCACGCUUAUUUACCUGUAAUACAGAUGCAUUCACAGUCCACAGCCACAAGUUCGGAAGAUUUCCCAAGUGAAGUUUCUGAGCAAGCCAUCGAUGAAUGCCACCUAGCGGGGAAACUUGCAAACGCUAACUCAAGCAAUAAUGACAGUAAGACUGAAGAGAUCAAACCUUUGGCAAAGGAAAAGGAUGUGAAGAACGCCUCCGACGAUGCUGGCCUAAGUGACUCUGGCAGUCACGUAGCCAAGAUGAACAACAAAAACCGAAAGCUUCGAAGACAAACCAGCGGCUCCUCUCGAAUUGGGAAGGCUGACACAGGCAACAUGGAAGACACCAAGGAUGAUGACCUUGACACCCGAGCAGACUACCAGCCUCCGGAGUCAUCAGGAGUUCGAAUCAUCCCGCUCUCUGCAGUGACCACGACGAGGAUGUUCAAGAUCGUAUUUAUAGGAGACUCGGCUGUGGGCAAGACUACGUUCAUUCACAGGGCAGCCGUGGGAGAAUUUCGCAAUUUCUCGACUACUGUUGGCGUUGAUUAUCGUUUGAUGCACAUAUGCGUCGGAGGAACAAAUGCAUUAUUGCAACUGUGGGACACUGCCGGCCAGGAAAGAUACAGGGCAAUAACUAGGCAGUAUUACAGAAAAGCUGACUGUGUGGUUGUGAUGUACGAUAUCACUUGUGAAAGGUCCUUCCUCCACGUUACGGACUGGAUCUCCUCUGUCCGGGAAUAUGGUGACCCAAACCUUGUCCUUGCAAUUAUUGGCAAUAAGAAGGAUCUGCAGAAAUCCAGGAGAGUCACCGUAGAUAAUGCUUACACCUUAGCAAAGGCAAACGACGCACUGCUAUACGAAGUCAGCGCAGCCAAGGGCUUUGGGAUCAUGGAGGUGAUGAAGCACCUGGCCGGUAUUCUCACGACUGACCAGGAACACAGCAUCGACACCAGUUCAACACUGACUCUCCACCAAUCCCCUAAUCCUAGACUGAAUGGCAAAUGUUGUCAAUGACUUUGUCUUCGAGACUGAUAUUUAUUAAAUGUGAUUUCUUGUGAAUAAAUAUUAUCUUAUGUU